GAUAUUUUUGAUAAAUUCCAAUUCCCUUUAUGUUAUCUCCAAAGUCUGAAAAAACUCAUCACUAGCUUAUUGUUGUUUCAACUUCCUCCUCCAUGGCUACCACCGCAACUCACUUCAUAAUUACAAGCCUCCUCAUUGUGAUCUCUCUUGAUUUCACAUUUGGUGGAGUAGGUGUCUGCUUCGGAAGGCUGGGGAACAAUUUGCCGAGCGUACAAACAACCAUAGCUCUGUACAAAAAGUACAACAUCCGAAGCAUGCGGCUCUACGACCCCCACCCGCCCACCCUCCGCGCCCUCGCCGGCACCGGCAUCCGCCUCAUGCUCGGCAUCCCAAACGACCGUCUCCGCCCCCUCGCCAACUGCCCCGACGCCGCCACAACCUGGGUCCGCACCAACAUCCUAACCUACCCCAACGUCACCUUCCGCUACAUCUCCGUCGGCAACGAGGUCGACCCCGACUCCGACCCGGGCCGGUUCGUGCUCCCCGCAAUGCAGAACAUCUAUCGAGCCAUCCGAGCCGCGAGGGUGGGGGGCCGGAUCAGAGUCUCCACAUCCAUCAAAACGGAUCUUCUAGAAAGAUCGUAUCCGCCGCAAGCGGGGGAGUUCAAAUGCAGCGUCAAUUGGUACAUUAGGCCGAUCGUGGAGUUUCUGAGGGACACGCGCGCGCCUCUGCUCGCCAACGUGUACCCUUACUUCGCCUACAUCAACGACCGCCGCAACAUCAACCUCUCCUACGCGCUGCUGCAGCCCAACAGCGGCGUCGUGGCCGGCGGCGUCUACUACGACAAUCUCUACUACGCCAUCCUCGACGCCGUGGAGGCGGCCAUGGACAGGAUCCUUGCUGCGUCGCCGUCGUUGUUUUCCGACCAGAAGCAGAGCGCCGGUAGUUCGCGUGCAGCUGGUUCGGAGACCGGCUGGCCGUCGAGCACGGGCGGCACGACGGCCCUUGACGACGGAGAUGUUAACACCGUCGAAAACGCGAGAAUCUACAACAACAAUUUGAUGCGCAUCGUUAAGAGUGGGACCCCGAGAAGGCCGGGUCGACGUCGUCGUUUGGAGACGUAUAUAUUUGCUAUGUUUGAUGAGAAUUUGAAGCCCGGCCCCGCCUAUGAGAGGCAUUUUGGGAUUUUCUCGCCCGACGCUCGACCCAAAUACCCGCUCCGUUUCCGGUAGCUGCCUCGUUUUCAUUUUUUUUUUCUAGGUGGGAUAGAUCAUCUUUUCUAUUCCCUCCAUCCCACAAGAGUGUGCAUCACUUUUAAUGGUACGAGUUUUAAUAAAAUGUUAUAUGAGUGUAUUGAGAGUUGAAAAAGUGAUUCACUUCAUUAUAAAAUAAGAGUAAGAAAUAAGGAGUUAGUGGUGGGGUCAUGUCCAAAAAUGGCAAAUGCACACUCUUUUGAGACGUCCCAAAAUAGAAAUAAGGACACACUCUUAUGGGUCGGA